AGCUGAGAGCUUUCAUUCCAGUCAAAAGGCGAGAGCCUUUUGCUCCCGGAUUUAAGUCGAGACGGAGCGAGAGUUUUUCUCAGUCAGUUGAUCGGUUCAUCGUAAGAGAGCUUGUAUUUUUGCAAUGGCAGCGCUUGCUUUCGUCUUCACCAGCGUCCUGGUUGCUCUUGUUUGCAUUGUCGACGGCCACCCGCUGAAGCUCGUCCCCGACUACUAUGCCUCGACUUGUCCUGAAGCCGAGGCCAUCGUUAGAGCUGUCGUGGAGAAGGCAGUGAUCAGGGAGGCCAGGAACGCGGCGUCGCUGCUAAGGCUACACUUCCACGACUGUUUCGUCAAUGGCUGUGAUGGAUCUGUUCUGCUGGACGACACUCCAACUUUCACCGGAGAGAAGAUGGCAGCCCCCAACAAUGGCUCCAUUCGAGCUCUCGACGUGGUGGACGAGAUCAAAGCCGAGCUCGAGAGCCAUUGUCACGGAGUAGUGUCGUGUGCUGAUGUGUUGGCGAUCGCAGCCAGGGACUCCGUCGUCGUGAGCGGUGGUCCUUUCUACGAAGUUCUUCUUGGAAGACGGGAUAGCUUAACUGCCAGCCAAGCCGCUGCCAACAAUUCGAUCCCACCUCCCACGUCCAACAUCACGGGAUUGAUCUCGAGCUUCAGGGCCGUGGGAUUAUCCGUGCUCGAUCUAGUUGUUCUCUCUGGCGCUCACACAAUCGGCCGAGCUCGUUGCACCAACGUCGUCCAGCGUCUCUACAACCAGAGUGGAACGUUUCGUGCUGAUCCAACCAUCGAGAACGACUUCCUGGGAUAUCUCGUGGAGCUGUGCCCGCAGCGAGGCAAUCCAAACACUCUCGCCAACCUCGACUUCGUGAGCCCGAUCUACUUCGACAAUCACUACUUCCGGAACCUCCAGUACUUCAAGGGCCUGCUCAACUCGGACGAGGUUCUCUUCACCACUUCCAAGGAGACGAAAGAGCUCGUCAACCUCUUUAGCGACAACAAGGAGGCCUUCUUCAAGCACUUCCCAGACUCGAUGAUCCGGAUGGGAAACAUCAGCCCUCUCACUGGCGAUCGCGGCGAGGUGAGAUUCAAUUGCCGAUACACCAACAGCGGGCAGUAAGUUCACGGCGUAAGCGAGAAAAAUUCCAGGGAAAAAUUCCAUCUUUUUUCAGUGUUCUUUGCGGUUUGUAUCUUUCGUGAUUGUGUUCUUCCAAGCAAUAAGCUGUUGGAUAUAAAAAAAACGCUUUUCUUGAUUU